AUGGAUGCCGAGAAGGGCAGGUGGUUUCAAGAUGUCGGACGUGAUAAAGCGGCUAACAAACCAUUAUUAAGAAUUAUAUUUCAGACCCCUCUCGUAUUGCUUUCGGCUAGCCUAUUGGAAGACACUUUGGAGAUCUGGAAUAAUAUUCCCAAGCCAAAAGAUAAACAGCACGCUUCAUUUCACGAUUACUUCGUUCUUGAUGUGGUGGGGUUAUCUCACUAUCAGCAUGCCAAAGAUAAAUUCAUAGAAGAUGUGAACGAAUUAAGGAAACGAUUCUCUUCUCCGUCCGAGGCAUCCUUACAGACUAAGCCUUUAGUUCCCGCCGUCGACUUUGUUAGGAGCACAUCCGAGAUAUGGGAUAGAGUUGUUAAUGAUAAAGCUCUCGACAUUCCUUCUCACAAGGUGAUGAUUGCUAAAGUUAGAUGUGAACAAAUUGACAAUGAUAAAUUUGAUGGGUUCAUUGUUAAUGAGGAAUGGUCUCAACUGAAAGUAGCCGUUAAUAAUCCUCCAGUGUCGUGUUUUGGAAUAAAAGUUACUUCAAUGGUUGACAAAUGUUUAGCCGAAUACGAGGAAGAAGCCGAAUUUUAUGAUGAAGUUGUUAAGGCGGAUCAUAGAGAAAAACUAAAACAACGUUUGUUGCAAGAAAUCAAACCGAUACUUGGGUCUUUAAUGGACAACAUAUCUUCCCAAGCUCUAGAAGCCUUCAAAUUUAAUCUAGACCAAGAUUUGAAUGGAGGGAAAAUUUUCCGUGAGGCUGCAGAUUGGUCUAAGUUGCUGGUGAAAUUUGAUUCUGAUUACAAAGAUUCAAAGAUUGAACAAUCCGAAUGGACAUCUACGAAAGUAAGAGAUAAGUUGGUGUCUCAAAUAAAUAGUCACGUGGAUUCCAUUAGGUCAAUGAAAAAAAAUGAGCUGACAAAUCAUGUUAAGUUGAAAAUAGAAAGUGGGUUGACUGAAUCUAUGGGAGCUAUUCUGAACAAACCUGGAAAUAGUAUGUGGGUCAAUCUUAGAGAACUCUUUCGACGCGAGACAGACUCAGCUUGCUCUGAGUUUAGGGUUGGCCUAGAGAAGUUGGGCACAAAUGACACUGCUAAGGUAGAAGCAGAUGAAAUGCUCAAGGACUAUGGAAGAGAUAUAAUCGAGAAAAGUGUGAGAAAAGAAACUUAUAAAAUUUUACAGCUCUUGCAAGACAAGUUUUGUUAUAUCCUCUUGAAUGAACCAGACUCUAGUAUCCCACGAUCUUGGAAAGGAAGUGACAAAAUCCAGGUCAUUGUUAAGACGGCUCGAGUUGAGUGUGUAAAUAUUAUGGCUGUUAUGGCUAUAAUGCGUAUGGACAUUAAUAAAGAAAGUGACGACAUACAACAAAUUCUCCAUAAUGCUUUACUAGAAGGAGGUGGAGAGGGUAGUCUAUCAUCUAAUAAUUGGAAUGGGGUGGAAGCAUCGAAGACCUUGAUGAGCCCAGCUGCUUGUGCAACUAUUUGGGAUCAAUUUCUAAAAUCCUCAGGCAUUAUCAUUACUACUGUCAAUCAAACUAUUCAAGCAAGGAAUGAUGCUGAUAAAGUUGCUGCAGUUAAUAAUCAGGGUUUACAAGAUAAUAGCAAUGUGACGGUUGAAGAAUCUGUAGCCAUGUUCUUACUUGUACUAGGACAUGGAGUAAAACUUCGGGUACUUGGAGGUAUCUAUAUUCGUUCAUUAGAGACAAUUAGUAGGCGCUUUCAUGAAGUACUACGCUUGGUUCUCAGUUUAAGUAAGGAUUUUAUAAGAUUACCUAAUCAAGUUGAGAAUGUUGAUGAGAAUGAUCAUAAAUGGAGAUGGUUCAAGGAUUGCCUUGGAGCUUUGGAUGGAACACAUGUUGAGAUGAUUAUUCCACUUAAGGAUCAAGGUAGAUAUCGAAAUAGGAAACAACAGAUAACAACUAAUGUUUUGGGAGUAUGUGAUAGAAAGAGUUUGAAAUUUCUUUAUGUUCUUCCUGGAUGGGAAGGUUCAUCAUCAGAUUCAAAAGUUUUACGAAGUGCAUUAGUGAGAGAAAGGGAUCCAUUUCUUGUGCCGACUGGUAUUGUUCAUAUUAUUAAUGCUUGUUGUGUUCUUCAUAACUACAUUCGUAAAAUUGCAAGUGAAUUGGAUUAUCCAUUGUUACAUGAGGUUGAUUGUGAUUUGGCACAACAAUCAAAUGAAGUAUUUGAUGUGGACUAUGAAGAUGUCAUAACAAAUGUACAAGGUGGUAGUCAAUGGACAAAUUUUAGGGAUGAUAUGGCAAGGGAGAUGUAUAGUCAAUAUCAAGUUAGGAGUGGUAGAACUUAA